AUGCGCGCCAGCCUACGCUCGCUCUCCAGACCGGCUGGCCCUCUGCGCGCCUCGUCGCCUGUCAGCAGCCAGCGACGUGCCUUACUCUCGUCGACGCGCCCGUCUGCGCUGCCCCGUGUUCCCGCUCAACAACGCGCUGUCCGCACGUCGCGUGGUUCCCGGCGCUCUUCGACAUCUUCCUCGGCUCCGCCUGCCGCACCUUCUGACGAACCCAAUAAUGAUCCUUCUUCGUCCACGACUGUCAAGGCUAUAGUGACAAGAGACGAGAGGAGAAAGUCUACGCCGCCGACUCUGCCAUUCAAUGCCGAUAACUUCUGGUCCGCGGAAGACCUGGCAGCGAAUCCUCCACCCACUUCGUCCCUGCCUCCGCCCGAAAUAUUGGAUGAAGCUUUGAAUAAUCUGGCUAUCGCUCUGCACCCGCAAACUCAACACCGUGCGGCGUUUGGCGGAAGCGCGCCCGAGCCCAGCUUACAUUUGUACUCGCCGCUCGAAGGCGGAGAUUACGUGCUCGACGACACCGUCCGGGAACUGGCUCGUCGGACGGGCGCGGAUGUGGUGGUGCUGGAUGCCGCACAUAUGGCUGCCGGUGCUUACGGGCGAUACGGACCUGCCGCCGCGCUGUUAUCCUUUCCCGGCCCGCAUCCUUUGCACUUCGCCACGAGUACAUCUAGUCCAACGCGCAGGGACGAGGACUCGGACGAUGUGGAAGAACAGCAGAUGAUGGCACCCGGGAUGGGCAUGAUGGGCAUGCCGCAGAUGAUGUUGCAGGUCAUCCCUGCAAACAAACAGCGCUCGCAGACACCUGCCAAUCCACCGCAGGGCGCUCCCCGCGUGUUCUUCGAUCUCUUGCUCAAUGCAUCCAUCCCGCCUAUUCCGAGUUCGGAAGCACCACCCCAGCCGCGUCCGCGUAGACCUCGCAUCAUAUACGUUCGUGACUUUCCAACGUUGUCCGGGACAGCCUCGAGUUGGUACCCAGCGUUACAAUCCGCUGCACGUGCGAGGAGACAAGGCGCUUUGGCAAGCUCGACUGCACCAGUCGAGUGCCCAACCGUGUUAGUCUUUGGGAGCACACCAAGUGUUACCAGCUCAGCGGCUAGCACGUCUUCGCCCGCACCUUCCUUUGGCGGUCGUGGCACCCAUGCCGAACUGGUUCUUCGCCGCGAGCCACCUUCGGGUUCACCGUCAUCAGCAACACCGAGUUCAAGUAAACCCCUAGCAGACGCAGAGGACGAUGCCGCUGAACGUGCUCGUGAGCGACGCCUCAGGGACCGCCUCAAACGCUGGGAACGCGGCCCUUCCGCUUUGGAGAACGACAUACCUCGUCUAUCGGUAGAUGAUGUCGACAACCCUCGACCCCCACGCGGCAGUGGACUCAUGAUUGUGCGCGAACUCGCGAAUAGCGCCUUUGGUUCUCGCGUUCCGGCUGUCAGCGGGAGCAACGGUACCGAUGAACCGAACGGCGAAGGCGGUUUCUUCCGUACAAGCGUUCUUGUGCCCGAAACGCGUCAGCCUGCAAAGGAGCGUCAGACACGUAUCGCGAGGAGAAGGGAAAUCAACGCACUCACAACCAAGAUGGCAGUGGGCGCCAUAGGCGGUACAUUGCCCGCGAGCUACGUACCUCCUGCGGGGAAUGAGGCAGAGGAGGGGCAGGGAGACGAGAUGUGGGGUGCUUGGGGAAGGCAUCUGAGGAGCUGGACGGCUGUACAGCGGACCGCAGAUCGCGCUGUGGGUGGGGCGUUGAGAGCUGGCGCGGAGAUGGAGGGUGGGGCUGUCGCGGUGGGCUGGGCAGACGUACGGAGGGCGUGGAGUGAGGAAAGAGCAGCGCGGGAGGCAAGGCGUGGUUGGGUGAGAGGUGCGGGUCGCGAGGAGGAGAAGACCGGGGAACCUGCAGAUGCCUCUGUGAAAGAGGAGGAUAAAGCGGCGGAGGAACACGACGCAGUUGUGGAAGAAGUCCGCAACGACCCGGACUUGGAUGCACAUACGCAGAGGUUACUGGGUUGCAUCGUCGAUCGAGCCUCUAUGCGGACGACAUUUGCCCAGGUCCAUCUUCCGCCGACCACGAUCGAUGCAGUGCGGACUAUGGCCUCAUUGCCUCUGUUGCAUCCAGAAGCCUUCGCGCACGGAGUAUUGAAGGAGCAUGCCAUGACCGGCCUUCUCCUCUUUGGACCUCCUGGCACAGGCAAAACACUAGUCGUGCGCGCGUUGGCCAGGGAAGCCGGCACUCGCAUGCUGGCCAUUGCUCCGAGCGACGUUAUGGACAUGUACGUCGGAGAAGGCGAGAAGCUCGUGCGCGCAGUGUUCGCACUCGCCAGACGUCUUUCGCCCUGUAUCGUCUUCCUCGACGAGUUAGACGCCCUUUUUGGCGCGCGCUCCGGCCAUCGCGAUUCGGGUGGAGCAGCCGCACAUCGCGGCGUUCUCACGGAGUUCAUGCAAGAAAUGGACGGUCUUCGAAGCGCCGCAGCUGGUCAGGGGGUGGUAGUGAUUGGUGCCACAAAUAGGCCGUUCGAUCUGGACGACGCGGUUCUGAGACGCUUGCCCCGAAGAUUGUUGGUCGACCUGCCGGGAGAGAAGGAGAGGAAGGCGAUCUUGGAGAUCUUGUUGAAGGAGGAGAAAGUAGCGGAUGACGUGGAUGUUGCAAAGCUGGCUAAGGAUACGGUUGGGUUCUCGGGUUCAGAUCUCAAGCAUCUCGCUGUCGCCGCAGCGCUGGAUGCUGUCAAAGAGUCUGUUGACUUGCCGUGGCGGAAGACCGCCGAAGGCGCUGAGGCUACACCAGACGCCGAGGCUCCUUCUCCUGCCGAGGCAAAAGCUGAACCCGAAGCUGCCGUGUACGAGGGCCUCGCCGCCGCUGCCGAACCCGUCGACCCCGAAGCGCCGCAUCACGCGAGCGAGGCUCCCUCGUCGCUGGGGAGCGCAUCCAUUUCCACCGACGCCACUUCCGCCACUUCUCCCGCACCAGAAACCGAGGUCCUCUCGACCGAGCCGGCAAAAGUGGACCGUGUACUCUCGGCUCGCCACUUUGCCCGCGCGCUGAAGGAGAUCACACCAAGCGCGAGCGAGCACCUUGGUACGCUCUCUGACUUGAGGAAAUGGAAUGAUGAGUUCGGCGAUGGCGCACAUGGACGGAGGAAACGGAAGACGGCCGUAUGGGGAAAGGACCGCUUUGGUUUCACAAUUCGUACAGGGAAGGAGGCCGAGCCUGGUAAAGUCGCUGGGGAGAGUAAUAAGGACGCGGAGAGUAGGUAG